AUGGCUCAGUACGGAAUGGAUUCUGAGAAGAAGUACUCCCUUGCGAUAGUGGGUGGAGGAAUUGGAGGGCUUUGCACUGCGAUUGGGUUGUUGAAGCAAGGUGUUGAUGUUCACAUAUAUGAAGCGGCUCCCCAGUUCUCGGAAAUCGGAGCAGGCGUCUCCCUAGGUCCCAAUGCCGCUCGAGCUCUCAAAAUGAUCGAUCCAGCCUUGUACGCCGGAUACGAAAAGACUCGGACGAACAACGCCUGGCUUGAGAAACAACAUCACUGGUUUACUUUCCGCAUAGGAGACGACGCGAGCAAGACACUCCCCGAAACCCAUCUCUUGGACCUCCACUGCGAGACAGGGCAAUCCAGCGUCCACCGAGCACGAUUCCUCGACGAGCUGGUAGGCCUCGUACCAGAGCACAUCGCCCACUUCGGCAAGAAACUCCUCUCAAUAGACGAACGCCCCUCUUCCAUCACCCUCCACUUCACAGACGGCACCACCGCCACGCACUCCGCCGCAAUCGGCUGCGACGGCGUAAAAAGCAUCACCCGCCCCCUCGUCCUAGGGAAAUCCUCCCCAGCAAGCGCCCCCACCUUCACAGGAAAAUACGCCUACCGCGGCCUCAUCCCCAUGUCCACCGCAGCUGCCAUCCUCGGCGACGAGCUGGCGCGCAAUGCACAGCAAUAUCUCGGGCACGGAGCGCACGUCCUCACAUAUCCCAUCUCCAACGGCGCGAUUCUGAACGUCGUGGCGUUCGGCACGAAGGCUGACGGGAGGUGGGAGGGCGAGUGGGUGAAGCCGAUGGAUCGGGAGGGGAUGAUGAGGGAGUUUGAGGGGUGGAUUGAACCGGUGCAGAAGAUUCUUGGACUGAUGGAGAGGAGCGAGGUUUGGGCUUUGUUUGAUCAUCCGAAUGCUGAGAGUUACGUGAGUGAAGGCGGGAGGAUUUGUCUUUUGGGUGACGCGGCUCAUGCAUCUACGCCGCAUAAUGGGGCUGGUGCGGGUCAGGCUGUGGAGGAUGCGUUGAUUCUGUCGAGGUUUAUGGGGUGUGUAAGGGAGGAGAGGGACAUUGAGAAGGCGUUCAGGGCGUAUGAUGUUGUUAGGAGGCCGAGGAGUCAGAUGCAGGUUGAGAAGGCGAGGUUUGCGGGUUUGGUGUAUGAUAUGCAGGCGCCGGGGACUGGGGAUGAUUUGGGGAAGAUGAGGGAGCAGUUGUCGGAUAGGAGAUGGUUGUGGGAGCAUGAUUUGGAGGCGGAUGUGAGGGAGGUGGAGAGGUUGUUUUGUGAAGGGAGGAAAGAGAAUGGGGUCAAGGUUUGA